AUGACAAGCUCAUCUCCUAACAAUCGCGUUUCAUCUCCAGGGUCAUCUAACGAUGACACAGAACAAAAUCAAACUCCACCACCUCUUCAAAUGCCACCAGAAAUCAGAAUUUUCCAGCAACAAAACUGCCCUGAAAACAAUAAUUUAAUGAGCGAACAGAACUAUCAGACUGAGUAUCAAACACCGACGCUAAAUAGCAAGAAAUCAUUUUGCAUUGAUGCAUUGUUAGCAAGAAAUCAUAAUGAUAGUGAGAGUGAUUUAGAGAAUAAAAGAUCUUAUGAUCAGUUUAGAAACAACAAUUACAAGGAUAACAUAAUUUCGAGAGAUUUAAAUGGUAGCCCCGAUGAUCAAAUGUCAAGGUGA